AUGGCGUCGACAGCUGCAAUUCGCCGUUUCCGACCGGCGUCCGUCGCGGCCACCAUCGCCGCGGGAGGUAUCGGUUUGGGCGUCAUGUCAAAGCUGCUCGUCGGGAACGCGUCCGCCGAGUCGGAUGCGCCGCCAAAGGUCUUUGGCGCGGGGCCCGCGUUCGUGUCAUUGCCGCUGGAGAGCUCGGAGCAGAUGAACCACAACACGAAGCGGCUGCGAUUCAAGCUGCCACAAAGAGAGGCCGUUAGCGGACUGACAGCGGCUGUCCUCACGAUGUCAUGGCCAGAGGGCCGAUGGCUCCCCGUCGCAAGGCCGUACACGCCUGUGCAGCCUCUGGAUGACACCGGCUACCUGGAGCUCUUGGUAAAAAAGUACCCGGACGGCAAGCAGAGCACACACCUCCACUCCAUGACACCAGGCCAAACGCUGCUCUUCGCCCUGGCCAUCAAGGGCCACCAGUGGAAGCCCAACAGCUACCCGCACGUCACGCUAAUCGCCGGCGGCGCGGGCAUUACGCCCAUCUACCAGCUUGCGCAGGGCAUCCUCCGCAACCCGCUGGAUAAGACGGCCAUCACGCUCGUCUUCGGCGUCAACUCGGACCCGGACGUCCUGCUCAAAAAGGAGCUUGAACAGUUCGAAAAAGAGUUCCCCGGGAGGUUUAGGGCCGUGUAUACGGUCAGCAACCCGGCACCGAACUCGCCUCUGAGAAAGGGCUAUGUAACGAAGGAGCUGUUGCAGGAGGUUGGUGCGGUGCCCAAAGACGGGGCCGAGACCAAGGUGUUCGUGUGCGGGCCGCCGGCGAUGGAGGCGGCGUUAGUCGGGAAGAAGGGCACGUCGGGUAUCUUGCAGCAACUUGGGUACCGCAAGGACCAGAUCCAUCAGUUUUGA